AUGAGGAAAUGCAGAUGUAGAUGCAUGAGGCCAUUCUAUUAUCAAAAUCAGCAAUUAAAAGAUCGUCAUCCAGUUCCUUUGAGGAGCAUUGAUGUUAAGGUAACAGUAAACAAUCUUUUAGCUGUAACUCAACUUUUUCAAGUUUUUCAAAAUAUUGAAGAUCGGCCAAUCGAAUGCGAGUAUGUCUUUCCUAUAGAAGACGAAUGUGCUAUAACUGAUAUAAAAAUUCAUCUACAAGAUGGAUCUAUUGUGACUGGAAUAGUCAAGGAGCUAGAAGAAGCCACAGAAAUAUACCAAGAUGCUAUAUCUGAAGGAAACUCUGCAUUUCUGGCGAAGUCUGAUAAAAAAGAUAUGAUGACUUUGACAGUUGGGAAUUUGCAGCCAGGAGAGACAGUAACUGUAGAAUUCAGAUAUGCAAGCCCAGUACAAAAUAAUCUUGAUAACUGAAAAUUAUUCUUACCUAAGUCGCUUACCCCUCUUCAAAAGGGUGAGUUUCUUAAACAGAAAAGGCCAGACUCUAUAAAAGUCAGGGGAUGCGCAUAUGAUUUCAACUUUCAAUUAGAAAUAAAUUCAGAAACUGAAAUCUUUGAUUACUCUUGCAAACCAGACUAUCUAUUAUGGGAGUUAAACGAAGAUAAAACUCAGCUAAAAGCAAAAUUCAAUGAAAAUGCAGAGUUUUAUCCUAAUUCUGAGCUUGUCAUUUAUUAUAAAAAUCUAAAUGUGAAUGCUCCCCAAUGUAUUUUGCAAGAAGAUGAAGGAAAUUAUGCAGGCCUGAUUUCUUUUAUUCCUUAUGAUAGAAACGAAGAAAUUGAAAAUUUAGAAGUAAGCGGAGAAUUUAUAUUAUUACUAGAUAGGAGUGGCUCAAUGAAAGGAGAAAAAAUCAAAAUGGCUAAAGAAGCAACGUUAAUUUUCCUUAAAAGUUUACCAGAAAAAUCAAAAUUUAAUAUUAUAAGCUUUGGGAGCUAUUAUACCCCAAUGUUUAAAAAAUCUGUGGAGUAUUCUGAAGAUUCGCUAGCUGAAGCAAUUGAAAAACUCAACAAAUUUAAAGCAGAUAUGGAGGGAACUAAUAUUUAUGAUCCAUUAUUAUCUAUAUAUGAGUCUUCGCCUAAUUCCAAAUACCCAAGAUCAAUAUUUCUAGUAACAGAUGGCGAAGUCUUACAGCCAGAAAGAGUAAUACAAUUAAUUUUUGAUAAUUCAGAAUCUUCGAGAGUUAAUGCAUUUGGCAUUGGUAAAGAUGUAGCCUCCAUGUCAAAUGACAGUGGAAUUUUGGCAGUUAUAUUUCAUCGAAAUACAUUUGGUCGAAAUUUUUUAAGAGUGCGACAUUUGGCCGAAAAUUAACGGUUUUUUUUCUCGGUCAAAUGUCUCACUAUCAAAAAUUUUCAACCAAUUUUCGGCCAAAAAAUUUUUCGGUGAAAUGGAUAAUAUCAAAAAGGCAAUGUCAUUUGACCUGCACCAAAAAAUGUAUCUACAGAACUAGUAAAAUCCUGUGCUAAAGCUGGGGGUGGUUUGCACUCUUUUAUUAAAAACCUCAAAGAUAUGUCAGGAGAAAUGAUCAAUGUUCUAAAAAAAUGCAUGAUGCCUGCAAUAUCGAAUCUUCAUAUGACUUCAAAAGAAAAUAUUGUCUAUUCUCCUCAAAAAUUAAAAAAUAUUUAUUAUGGAGAAAGGCUUACUAUUUAUGCACAUCUUGGAAAUAUCAUUCCUACUCAAGAAAUCUUACUAGAAUGCUUUGAUACCAAAGCAGAUGAAAAAAUUACCUUUUCUGUUAAUUUUGGAAAUAAAAUAGAAGGGAACGAUGUUUUUAAAUUAUGGGCAAAAAAUAGAAUUGAUGAGUUUACGGUGCUUGAAACCACUGGAAAUACUCAAAAUAUUGUGGAGCUUUCAGUAAAAUAUCAAUUGAUCUCAAAAUAUACAGCUUUUAUUGCUGUAAAAAAGAAUACGAGCAGUGCUGGUGGAGAGAUGGAAUUAAGAGAAAUUCCACAGCCAGAUAUGAGAAGCAAAUUUAGAACAAAAGCUAGAAAAACUGCAUCAAUGAUUGGUCUAUCUGCUGCCUGCAGAGGUAGAGUAAGUAUAGGCAGAGGGGGAGGAGGAUUGAGCUUUCUAUCUAAAAAAACAUGGCAUGGAGGAAUUACUAUGAAAAAAUUGAGUAAACAAUGAAAACAAGAAUCCUUCAGCCUUCAAGCUGAGGAAUCAUCAGAAAGUUCUUCAAAUUUUAGUGGUGCAUUGGAAGAGCAGGAAACAAGUAUCAAAUGUGAUAAAAGAAAAAGAUCUAGAAGUAGAUCACUUGAAAAAUCUCCAGCUAAAAAAGAAAUCGAAGUCAAAGGAUCUAUUUAUAUGCAGCUUCUAACUCUCCAAUUAUUUGAUGGCUCUUGGGAUCUUAAUAGAGUUUCAAAGCUUCUUAAAUGCUCCUCACAAAUUCCUCAAGAGAUUUCAUCUUUGCCGGAUUCUGAAAAAAUCUGGGCAACACUAUUAGCUCUUGCUUUCUUACAAAAAAAGCAUCUUGACACUAAAUCCUCAUGGGAACUUAUAGAAAGAAAAGCAUUAAAAUGGCUCAAAAAACUUGGAGUUUCUCCUCAUUUAAUAUCAUUAGCAAUACCUUCUUUUUAA